GCAAUCUCUGCUUUUAUUUUUCUUUCCAGACGGCCACAGUUGAGCACAAAAACAAACUUGAACCAGAUGGGCUGUGGGGUCAACACUUGCGCUAACGUGCUCGUCUGAAGCGGAGGGACUGAAGACUUACAACUGAAGAGAUUUUACCUUUUUCUUUUUCCAUUGUUGAAAAAAAGGGAAGGGCUCUGCCAAGAAAAAAAAAACAACCAUUUGGAAAUUAAGUUAUGCGUCAGUGAGUGCGCACUUUACGCACAGGGCGCACCAUGAAACUUUAAGAUGUUGAAUCGCCUUGCCUUUAUUGUUGUUCACGUGUCAGGCUUUGUUUCCUUUGUUAGUGUCAGUUCCUCAGAACUCACUGUAACCAUGUGUCGUGGCUAAAAACUUUAACACACAACACACAAAACCUGAGAAGGUAAGCCCGAGGCAGCAUGGGGGCCAAACAGAGCAGCCCGGUAUUUGAUGGCAGAACUCGGGCUUAUUCCAGCUCCGAUCUCCCGUCUGGAAACUCCAGCGGAGAGGAAAGGAUUGCGGGGUUUAGGUACACCAAUGGACCAGAUGGCCCCCGGAUCAGGUACACUGGUGGUGGGCCAACCAGCUCCGGGCGCAGUAUACCGGCCGGCGGCAGGUCAGGGUCACACGUACUCAAUCAGAGCCUCGAUGGCACGGAUGGUGACGGCGAAGGACAGCUGCCUCCUGAGGGCCACAGGCUGCUUAUAGGGUCCCUACCGGCUCACCUGUCCCCUCACCUGCUGGGAGGCUUCCACUGCCCUGUUUGCUCCAAGUUUAUGGCAUCGGAUGAAAUAGAGAAGCACCUGCUCAUGUGUUUCAGCAAAAUGCGCCUCACCUACAACAAGGACAUCCUGUCCAGAGACUCUGGGGAAUGUGCCAUCUGUUUAGAAGAGCUGGAGCAGGGAGACACCAUUGCCAGGCUGCCCUGCCUCUGUAUCUACCAUAAAGGGUGUAUAGACGAGUGGUUUGAGGUGAAUCGCUCGUGUCCGGAGCAUCCCGCCGAUUAGGAGCUGCACGAGUACAGUUUCAGUCUACUGUACCUGCACUUAAUCCCAACACUGUCUGUUCCAGCCGAGCAUCAACGCUCCUCAGGGAUUGUAAGACAUUUUUGUAUACAGGAUUUUUCAUAUUGCCUCAAUAUCAAUGGACUGUGGAAUAAGUUUGUGUAGACGCCGUGGGACGUUCAAAGAACCACUGAUGCGUUAUUUUGUCUCCAGAAAAAUAUGUGAAUAUUCAUUAUGCCACCUACUGGCCUAAAUGGGUUUAUACAACCUGGCACCUGAGCUGAACUGUUUUUGCUGAACUGGGUGUGGUUUUAUAGCUGAGGACUUGUAUAACCAACAUAACUGUUCAGAGACUUGAUCAGAAGACUGAAGGCUGAUUACCUGAGCCAUACAGAAUUAUAUCAGCUUUAAGGGAUGAUUACAAUGUUGAUGCUAGUUAGGAAAUAGAUCUUCGUUUUAUUGUGAAAUUGGCUAUCAUUGUUUGUUAAACAAUCAUGUGUCCCAGACCAAAUAGUCUAACGUGGAAUAAUCUGACUUUGUUAAUCGCCUGACCAUUGAGAACCACAGUAAUGUGAUUGUGUAGUUUAGUAGUGGAAUUAAAGAUAGGCUAAGACAUAUCUAAUGAUGAUUCAUGCUCUCUAAGGAGUGCCAUAAUAUGCUGCUAUGUCAUAGACUGGAAAGUUUUCUUAUAACCUUUGAACCUGUGUUCAUUGUACUUUCUAUUUGUACUGUAAUGAAUUGCACAACAAUAAAUGUUUUGUCUUGUCUCUUUCCUGCAAA